AUGGGGAUCGCCUCGCCGGCUGGCUUCGCAAGGAGGCUUCGCUUGGGGACCCUCCUGCCCUGCAACGCGGGUGGGCCUCGAAGCCGGAUUCGAAGCGAGCCGCUCACGGGUGCGCUGAAGUGGUGCGAGACCUUUCCCGAUCCGGAGCCCAAGCCGGAGGAGAGGGGCGCGCGCAAUCCUGCACGCCCAGGCCGGCCGCGCGCUCCAGCCUCCCCAGGGCGACGAGAACCGCGGCCCCCCACGUCCAGCCCAGGCAGUGGCCGGCUCUCCCCUGCCAGCGCGGAGGCUUCGCUUCUUAAGAGCGCUAUAAUCCGGAUUUCAGGCCGCCCGAAGAAAGGCCUCUGCAUCGGCGGCCGGACCGCCCGGCCCAGUUCCGGGAGGCGCCCGUUCCUCUCCAGGGACCGCAGGUCGGGCCUCCUCGGCCCGGCUCGGGCGCUCGUUGACACGAGACGGGCCUUUCCCGGGCUGGGCUUAGCCCCACCGGAUGGAGGCCCGCCCUCCCCGCGGGGCUGCCCUGUGCUCCGUCGGACAAAGGGGGGAAGGGAGGGGGCGGGCUUCGGGGCCCCCUACCCUGCAAGAGGGGGCCGGCCGGGGAAAGCCGCCUCCGGCCGCCCCUCUCCAGCCGAGCCGGUGGCCCACGCAGGGCCGCGGGGCCACGCGGGAGACGCAGCCAACUUUCCGGCCGGCAAAGCGCUCGGCGUCCUGGGGGCCGCUCCCCUCCACGCUGCCUCGACUGACCUGCCGCGAGCCUCUGGAGCCCCGGGCGCGGCAGCCGGACUCUGCGGCUUCCAGCGCCGGGCAAGAGAGGCGCGGCCGCGGCCCCCCAGCCGCACCAAGGCGGGCGAGCGCCGGCGUCUCAGCCCCGACGGCUGGAAGCCCCCGAGGGGCCCCGGCUGCCCGCGCGGCCCCAGGCCGGGACGCCCCCUCUGCCCCCGGAAGGCGCUCCGGCGGGGUAGCUCCGCCAACCGGGCGGGCGGGCGGGCGGGCGGACAGGCGGCGGCAGCGCCCCAACCUCGCCAGGCCGGCCGCUCGCCUCUCAGUGCGGAGCCGGCGGGCUGGACGCUCCCCGUGCGUGUUGGGCGGAUUCCGGCGUCGUCGGCGGGUGCCUUCCAUGGGGCCGCCCGCCCGCCCGCCCCCCCGAGGCUCCCCGCAGGCGACGAGGGUGGCUCCUGCUCGCCCCUUCCGGGCUGGGCGCGCCUUGCCCGGAGCCCCGGCCGGGGCCGACUCCGCUCCGCGCCCCGCCGAUCUCGCUCCUCGCCCCCCGCUGCAGUGUCCGGCCGGCCUUGCGACUCAGCGCCCCCGACGGCUCUGGCCGCCGGCCGGAGAGAGCCACAGCCCGCCAGGCGGGCUCGAGCCAGGGCUGCCUACGCAAGAGGGGGCGGCGGAAGCGGCUCCGAGGGGACGGGAGCCGCCGGCGGCCGGCGCGGCGCCCCACGCUCCCCAAUGGCAGGGCCCUGCCCGACGGAGCGUACGCGCCACCCUGGGACCGCAGGGGAGGAAACCGAGGGCGGGGAGGGAGGCGAGCCCGGGCUGGAGGUGGGUCGGGGGGUGGAGGGCUGCGAUCCUGCGCUGGAGCGAAUGGCUUUGGAUCAGGCCACGGCAGCAACCCGUCCGCGGGAGAGUCCCGGGGCCCACCCCGGCGGCCGCCUCUUCCUUCGCCCUCCCCUGCCCAGAAAGCCGGCAGCCUCCCCCCCCCCCCCGCGGAGGCCCAGACGCGUCUCUUGGGCGGCGGCCAAGAGCGCCUUUGGGACGGCUCCCCUGGCUGCGCCAAAAGUCCCGGCGUUUGGGCAAGAGGAGGAGGGGGGAAACAGGCUUUGCGCACGAUCCUGUGCACCUGCGCUGGAAAGCCAGGUCAGGCGCCUCGCCUCCCCGGGUCCUCUGACAGACAGCCGCGGGAGCAAGCUGGGCGGGGCUCGGCCGGUCCCCGGAGAAGGCAGGGAACCGCGAGGGCCCGAUCCUCCGGGACGUUCUCCUGCGCCAGCCCCCCCUCCCCGCUGGCGCAAGAGGCGCUCGCGACGGAUGGGGCGCAAAGGCCUGCAACACGCCUGCCUGAAAGGGCCCCCGGCAGCCGGACGCCUGGAGCCCCGGGACGGCUGUGGGACUGAGGUCAAGGAGCCUUCGGAUCCUUUUGGCCCCCGGCAAGACAGCCUCGCUCUUCAUUCAGGGGGUUCUCAAAGGGUUUGUGGGAAGGGAUGGGCGGAGACCGGGGACACAGAUGUGCCCCCAGGCAAGAGUGAGUCCCUGGCAGACGUGGUAUCAGAACGCCGGCCUCCAGGAUCCGGCCCCAUGUUCCCUCCCAUGGCUGAAUACAGCACAUCGCUGGCUCAGCAACUCUUUGCUCAAAUUGUCUGUCUGGGUGCUCAAAGAAAACUCCUUGAACUGCAGUUCCCUGAGCUGAAUCUCUGCUUGUUGGUCUGGGUUGCUCGGCUCCAGCCCCGGCAACGGGUGACUUUGUGCAAGCACAAGCAGCUCCUGCCUGAAUACGAAAAUGGAGCCGAGGGCGACCCCGCGGCCCGCAGCCGGCCCGUGGCGGCCGCGGCGCAGCGCGAUCCUGCCGCCGGGCGCGGCCAGGUCUGCGCGCCCCCUCGGCCCCGGGGCCAGGACGUGGCCAGCCGGACGGCGGAGGGAGAGAGGGUGGGCGCUGCGCCCGCCCGCCCCGUCGCGGCUCCCGCCCCAGCCGCCUCCGGGCUGCGGAGGAAUGUCCGAGCGCCGCGCCAGCCGGGCGGGAGGGACUUCGGGGCUGGCUGCGAAGGAGGUGGCUGCGCGGCGGCGGCGGCGGCGGCGGCGGCGGGGGCUGCGGCGGGGGCUGCGGCGGCGGCGGGCGGGGUCGGCGGCCCGCAUGGAGUGAGCGGCGAGAGGCGAGGCGAGAGGCGCGAGAGGCGAGGCGGGCGAGCCAUGCCGCUGCGCGCCCGCUGA